UUUCUUUAAAAAAGUUCUAUCUUUCAAUCGAAAAUGAAAUUUUAUAUAAUAAUAUAUUUAUUAUUUAACAUAUUAUUUUCAAAAUCUUUUGGUCAAGAUCAAACAGAAAGUCAAGAUCCUACAGAUCCUACAUUAACACCACCUUCACCAACUAGCUCGAAUGAUUCAGAACCUCCUCUUUUAGCAAAUAAACAUCCUGUAUUAGCUCAUCCUUUAUCUCAACCUAUAAUAAUAGUUUUAGUAAUUCUCGUUUUAAUCAUUUUAUUUUUAGUUCCAUGCGUUUAUAUUACAAAAUAUAAACAACACUGGUUUACAAGAUUUUCUCCCAUUCCUACACAUCCUAAAAAUGUUGAUCAACAUAAUUUACCUAUAACCGAAAAAUCUGUUCGAGGUUUAGAAGAAAAUAAUAAUAAGUCAAAUACAAGUUUUGAAAAUAAUUUCUUGGAUGAUACUCCAAUGAUAACAAAGAAUUCCUUUAGUUCUACUCAAUUACAUACCAGAUCUUCAACGGAUGAAAAUACUUCUUUGGUUAGUAAUCAACCUUCGACCACUUCUUUACCGCAAUCAAUAGACACAGUCAAGUAAGAGAAAAGGGUUUAUAUAUAAAGGAGGAUAUAUUAUCAGUUUGUUCAAUCUGUACAUAUAUAUAAAUAUGUCAUUUUAAACCAAUCAGAUACAAAGAUUUAAAAUUUAUGUUUUAUCUUUUUUUUUUUUCUUUCUUCUUUGUUUGUUACUUUACUGCGCGAUAUAUAUAUAUACAUAUAUCGUGAAAAGAUUUUUAUCAUUUAAUUUAGACAAAUAAUAAAUCUUUAUUUAAUAAA